AAGACGAAUCGACGGUGACCCGCACUUGUUUACCUUUUUUGACGGAACACGUGUUUGCUAUCGCCACAUCGAGUAAAAACCGGAUCAGCGUUCACUUAUUUCAGCAGUAGCCAAGUCAUUAUUAAGUUGUACAUUUUGUGAAGUUUCAUCGUCAGAGUGUUGGCUGUAAAUUUGGAAUAAUAAGUAACAUAACUGUCUAAGUUGUACGCGUUAAUCACGGCGAAAAAAGCGGAAAAGUCCGACUCUGUCUUCGCUGCAUCGCAACUGAAGGAAUUCAACUUCAAUUCAAGCAUAGGCAAGACAGGCCAAGACAUGGAAGACAUUGUGCGCCUAGACGUUGGAGGCGUCAAUUACACCACCAGCAGAUCAACACUGACGCGCUACCCCAACAACAUGCUCUAUUGUAUGUUCAACGGACCGUGGCAGCCUGCAGCGCGGGAUGCAGACGGAACCUACAUCAUCGAUAGAGAUGGCCCCACUUUUCGAGUCAUUCUGAACUUUCUCAGGAACGGUAAACUCUGCCUUCCAAAAGACUUCAAGGACUGGAGCCUUUUGGAGGCCGAAAGCAACUUCUACCAGAUCCAAGAGCUGGUCAACGCGGUGGCCACUUUCCAGCAAGAACUGGCCAUUGAGGAGGCCAUGAAGGAUCGGGAAGACAAACUCGCCCAACUGAAGGAAAGGGAAGAGGCUAGGGCAGCCAGAGAAUGUGAGUUCAUCGAGAUUGUUGCAAAGACCCGCGAUGUUGCCAAGAAGGGCAGAUUCAAGUACAUUGGGAGCCAAAAGACACUGGAGAGUAUCCCAUAUUUGCUGCAGUUCCUCAUUCCGUAUGGACCGCCUACUAUGGCAGAUGAGUAUUUCCUGUUGGAAGACGUGGAACGAAAUGGAGAAGCUGAGGAAGAACGGGAACAUGCAUUGAUUCAGGAGGACCCCAUGAAGAGAAUGACCAUAUUCCAACAAGUGACAAAGCUCGGGUUUGAGCUCGUUAGCGCGUCUCCCUGCCCCGAUGGGGAAUCGGAGAGCUGGGUAUUCUGCAGACCUGUUCAACGCCAGUAAGCUGUGUAACUGAUCGCUAGGGGUGUUGCACAAAUAAACAUGGUCUCUUUGUACAAAUAAUCCUCAACGGUUUUAUCAAGCGCCCGCCUUCUUCAUUAAAAAAAAAAGAAGAUGUUUAUGGUUCAUUAUUUACCUAUAAAAAAAUCAUAGCAAGAACGUUGUCACUUGUGUUUCUUUUGCAACAGGCAAAUUUACGAUCCACUUUUUUUUAUGGAAUUGUAGAAAAUGUUGGUGACCUGAAAUGCCUGCUUGUAUUUUAUGACUAAAACAUGCCAGACAAACAAAAAGAUGUUUUAAAUUUUGCCAGUAGUAUUUUAGCAAAACUGUGUUUGUUGUAUGGAGAUGCCAUUGUAGAUGUUGAGAUAUGAGGAUAUCUUGUCUUCUAUCUUUGUAUUAUUAUGUCAAACAUAUGUUAUUUUUGUACUAGCAUUGAUCUUUCUCAUACAUCAAUAUUGUAUAUACUGUAUAUUAAAGAUGUUGUUUAUGCCAAACUUUUUACAGCCGCGGGGCACAACUUUGUUUUUGAAUAAAACAUUGUGAACUGUUUUAAGUUCACUAGUACAUUA